AUGGCAUUGGCUAAUCGUGGACGAAAUCAGAAAUUACCACCGGAAGUAAAUCGAAUUCUCUAUGUUAAGAAUUUACCAUAUAAAAUUACCAGCGAAGAAAUGUACGAUAUAUUUGGAAAAUUUGGAGCUGUACGUCAAAUACGAGUAGGCAACACAGCUGAAACACGUGGAACAGCAUUUGUUGUUUAUGAAGAUAUUUUUGAUGCCAAAAAUGCUUGUGAACACUUAUCUGGAUUUAAUGUAUCCAAUCGAUACCUCGUCGUAUUAUAUUAUCAGGCGACAAAAGCUUACCGAAGGAUGGAUACCGAUAAGGCGAAAGAAAGGCUUGAAGAAAUUAAGGAACGAUAUAAUCUAGGUGGUGAUUUAGAAAAGGAAAAGAAAGAUAAGUUAGGCUAUACACCUACACCUCGAAGAUAA